AUGAGGGGCUCAGGUAUUUCUCACCAGGUUGAGGAGAGGAGGGCGCAGAGUCCAGUGCUGCGCAGGGGCCCAAGCCUUCGCUCCCUGACUCGGACACGGGACCCCUCAGGAGAGAGAGAGAGAGACGCGGGGGACUGCACUUUCUGCAGGAGCUAUAAUGGUCGGGACAGACGUGUGGGACGUAGCUACCUGCUGACCCAGCCUGCGGUCAUGCCAGCGUCCAGGGCAAAGGGGAAGCAGAGGGGCAUGCAUCCCUUGCACCACCUCAGUGUCCUGGGAGGCCUUCGGGUGACCCUGGCCUCCCAGCUGUGUGUAUUCCUGCUGUGUAUUCACCAUACCUACAGCCAGGAUGAGUACUCCGCCUACCACUCAGGUGAUGAACAUGUCUAUGAGGGCUCAUUGGAUAACUACGAGCACUCUGGAUACCCUCACCCAGUGGAGUAUCCCCCCACGCAGGGAUAUGAGGAUCCCACCGCCUCAGGCUAUGACCCCUAUGCCCCGGCCCCCACCAUGGUCACCAUGAUCACUGAGGAGGCGUACCCCUAUGCCCCCACCAGCGAGUCCUACGACUACGCCAAAGAGGUGACCACCAUGACCACGCAGGUGCCGUAUGAGUACCCCACUGACCCACCUUACUAUGAGGACCCUGAGGGCGAUGCGGCACUGGGAGAGCAGGGACCCACCGACUGCGACUGCCUUCCCGGUGAGCCCGGCUUUGCCGGAUUCGCCGGCCCCAAGGGUGCCAGAGGAGAGCAAGGCAAAACAGGAUUCCCAGGGGAGCAGGGGCGGGAGGGUUACAAGGGAACGAAAGGGGUACCAGGAAGAGGAGGAGAUACAGGGUCUGAGGGUGAACCGGGUCCUGAUGGGGCUGAAGGUGCAUCUGGAUACUCUGGAGCUAUGGGUUUACUGGGGCCACCUGGUGACCGGGGCGAACCCGGCCUGCUUGGUGUCAAGGGUGAUAUUGGCAUAGAGGGUCCACGUGGUGAAGUUGGAAUCAAAGGAGUGACGGGCAAAGUUGGAAGGUUGGGGCCCCCAGGCAAAACUGGAUCUAAAGGUUUCAAGGGAUCAGUUGGGAAAACUGGCAAAGUAGGACCUGAAGGCAGAGUGGGAGAGAAGGGUCAGAUAGGAGCACCCGGAUUUUCUGGAGACAUUGGGGAGCAGGGCUACUUGGGUUACCCUGGGAUACCUGGGAGCAGAGGGGAACCUGGUCUGGAGGGGGACCAAGGUGUGGGUGGCCUGCCAGGUAGUGAUGGGGAGCCUGGAGAAGAUGGCCCUCUUGGAGUACCAGGUGUCAUUGGUCCACCUGGAUCAUUUGGAAUUAAGGGUGUGAAAGGGGACCCUGGGCCCAGAGGACGACCGGGAAGAGUGGGAGCUGGGGGACCACCAGGAGCAAGAGGUGAUGCAGGUGUACCAGGCAAGCCUGGACCAAAGGGCCUGCCAGGCCAGCCUGGAGCUAAAGGGGAGACAGGCCCAGAUGGUGAAAAGGGUGCGACAGGGAGGUUUGGCAAAAAGGGUGCAAAAGGAGAUAAGGGGAGUGCUGGUGACCGUGGUGACAAAGGCCAGCGUGGAGAGAAGGGCUCUCCUGGCCCUGAUGGACCUGUUGGACGUGUUGGACCCCCAGGUAUCCCAGGUUCCAGGGGUAGGCCUGGCCCAAGCGGGGACAUUGGAGUGCGUGGCAUGGCUGGAGCAAAGGGACUACCAGGUGCCCCUGGCCCUGGUUUGACAGAUGCGCAGGUCCUUGAACUGUGCAGAGGGGUGGUCACAGCCCAGAUCUCCCAGUACGCAGCCUCCAUCCGCUCAAAAUGUUCCCGUGGCUGUCCCAUCAACAACCGGACGCUCAUUGGUCCACCUGGUGUCAGGGGGCUGCCUGGAUCUCCAGGGAAAUCUGGGAAACCUGGGAGGGCAGGUGCCAAGGGGGCCCGAGGCAUAAGAGGAGAAACAGGUGUGCAGGGUCAGAAGGGAGCAGAUGGAGACCGAGGCUCAAAGGGUGAGAAGGGAGUGCGUGGAGAUCCAGGAGAGGGUCUGCCAGGACAUGAUGGACACCAGGGCCUCAGAGGACAUCCUGGCCACCCUGCAGUGCCAAAGAAUGGGGCAGAUGGUCUAGACGGCCCCCGUGGGCACCCCGGCCCCGUGGGACAACCAGGCAUGGUAGGGCUCCCAGGCGUGCCAGGCAUCUGCGAAGCACGUGACUGCAGUAUUCACGCCCCAGUGAUGAGGAAGGAGCAGGGCCUGGUGAAGGGCCCCCUUAGCCCUAAAAUCUAA